AUGGGCCGCCUUGUAUACGUCCGCGAAGACCGCGAAGCCGAACCUCGAUUUAUCGGAUCUGGUGGCAACACCCGUGGUGGCUUCGGCGGUGGCAACAUGCAUGGCGGGUUCAACCCGGGAUACGGUGGCCAUGGCCAUGGCGGCCCCGGAGGCCCCGGAGGCCCCGGAGCCGGUGGCGCUGGUCGCCAAAUCUACGUCGCCAACCUUCCUUUUAACGUUGGCUGGCAAGACCUGAAGGAUCUUUUCAGACAAGCAGCCCGCAACGGUGGUGUCAUUCGAGCGGACGUGCACUCUGGCCCUGACGGCCGGCCCAAGGGCUCUGGUAUUGUGGUAUUUGAAAGUCCUGACGACGCUCGAAGUGCCAUCCAGCAGUUCAAUGGCUACGACUGGCAAGGACGUACUAUUGAAGUCCGCGAGGACCGCUUUGCUGGAGCUGGAGGCAUGGGCUUCGGCGGCCGCGCUGGCUUUGGUGGUGGAAUGCGUGGCGGCUACGGCGGAGGGUUCGGCGGCCGCGGAGGAUUUGGAGGGCGCGGAGGAUUUGGAGGUGGCUUUGGCGGCCGUGGCGGCUUCGGCGGAGGUCCUGGUCCUGGUCCUGGUGGCUUCGAUGGCGCCCCGUCGGCCGCUGCUGCACCCAACCCGUUCACCGACAACGCUACCUCUGGAACUGAACGCAGCGAAAUUAUUUACGUCCGCAACCUCCCUUGGUCAACUAGCAACGACGAUCUGAUCGAGCUGUUCACUACCAUAGGUAAGGUUGAACAGGCCGAAAUUCAGUACGAGCCCAGCGGUCGCUCGCGCGGCAGUGGCGUGGUUAAAUUCGACACUGCUGAAACUGCCGAGACUGCGAUCUCCAAGUUUCAAGGAUACCAAUACGGUGGACGCCCUCUCAAUAUAAGCUUUGUCAAAUACGUGAACCAGUCAAGCGGUGAAGCCAUGGAGGCUGAUCCUCAUGCCGGCCUGACUCAGGACCAGAUGAUGUAA